ACGUCUGUUUUGUUUAUGGCACGCGAACUGGGUCGAUUAUGUCAUGGCGGUUUAGAUGUUUUCGGCUGUUGAUUUUAUUGAAUUUGUUUUGAAUUACGCCGUCAAUGAUCGCGUUUGGACCGCUGCCGUUGAACACUAAACGUAUUUGUGUAUUAGUGAACAUAUUUUAAACUAUUCAAAUGCUGAAAAGGUUGCAAAUGGGCCUUCGCGCGUUCAUGCUGAUCGCAUCAAAAGUAUGGAGUUGUUUUUGUUAUAUGUUUAAGAAGCAAUAUCGAGCGUUGGCACAAUACCAAUCCGUGAAGUAUGAAAUAUAUCCACUUUCGCCGGUAUCUCGACACAGGCUGAGUCUAGUGCGAAGGAAAAUGCUAGUGCUAGACUUGGACGAGACGCUGAUCCACUCGCACCACGACGCGAUGCUGCGGCCGACGGUGAAGCCCGGCACGCCGCCUGACUUCGUGCUCAAGGUCACCAUAGACAAGCAUCCUGUGCGUUUCUUCGUUCACAAGAGGCCGCAUGUCGAUUAUUUUUUGGAUAUAGUGUCACAGUGGUACGAGCUGGUGGUGUUCACGGCGUCGAUGGAGAUAUACGGCGCGGCGGUCGCCGACAAGCUGGACAACGGGCGGGGCAUACUGCGCAGGAGGUUUUACAGACAACACUGCACAGCGGAGCACGGCUCGUACACAAAAAACUUGUCGUCGAUAUGCGACGACCUCAACAGAGUGUUUAUUCUGGACAAUUCGCCCGGAGCGUACCGGGAUUUUCCAGACAACGCGAUCCCGAUCAAGUCGUGGUUCAGCGACCCGCUGGACGUGGCGCUGCUGAGCCUGCUGCCGGUGCUGGACGCGCUGCGCUUCACGCACGACGUGCGCUCCGUGCUGUCGCGCAACCUGCACCUGCACCGCCUGUGGUAGCUGCUAUAAAUACCGGCUUUUGUACAAAUGAAGGACGCGCCGCGGGUCGCCUCAACCUAUUUAUUAUUUUCCACUCGUUACGCCCCGAGGGGCUCCCAUUCAAACUUAGUUUGUAAUAAUAGUUGAAUAAUUUGUUUUUUUUUAUAAGUUUUGUUUAAUGUAAACAAGUGAUUAUCACGAUAUACAUAUAACGUGUAUAUAGAGUUACCUACGUAUGUAGGGAGGCGUUUUUGAAACGUCGUUUCUGUGCGUGAGUCAUGGAAGGUGGAGGCCUCACUGCAAGAGAUUACUGAGUAGUUUAGUACGUCUAGUCGUCCCGCCGUUCGUGGCUGUCGCAGAAGAGAACAGCCCGCCCCGGAAUAGGGUUCAUAGUUCUGCCGAAUGACACGUCACAAUGUAGAACCAUGACAAACAAACAGCCCGAGUGUAUGGCAUGUUGAUGUGUGCGCCGGCGUUGUAGCGAAAUUGAGUGUGUUAUUUGGCGAAUAUAUAUUUUUUUCUCCCUUUUUAUUACAUUGUAAAGAAGUAUUCGUUUUUGUAUGUGCAAGGAAAAUGUUACAUUUGGAUCAUAUACAUGUUUUGUUGUACUUUUUUAUCAGUGCAAGUAGCAACCUCCAAAUGAGAAUGAUAAGAAUCAUGCUACAAAAAUCCAGACUUCCGAAUUAGUGUUUUGUACAUUUCUACAGUACCAGCCGACAGUGAGGCCACAACCUUUCUCAAUAUUAUCAGGAAUAUUGUCAGGAGCCGAGUGAAACCGACACUUCAUGAAAAUUCAUGUUGACAAACAUUUUAAUUGCGCUGUCUUAUGAAAAGGCUGCCUUCAAAACAAUAGGACUAAUUUUGAUGACUACGAUGAGCAGGAUUCGUGAAUAUACUAAAAUUUAAUACCCUUUUUGUUGUGGGUCAGAUUUGACCCCUAGCAAGUUUUAGAUGAAAAUUAAUUUACAAUGGCCCAAGGCCUUUACACUUCACUCAGUUUGAAAUUUUAAACUAAUUUAUUCCAAUUUCGAAGUUCCAUAUUUUUUUUGUGACGAUUUUUAAAUCUCGAUUUCAGGGCAGCUGAACGUUAUGGAAAUGUCAAUAAUUCACCUAUACAUGAAUGUUAAAUCACGCGCGUAGAAAUAUACUAAAUAGAAAAAAUAUAUAUUGAUAAAUAAAACAAAAUAAUACAUUGUUCAAUAAUAUUUUGUUGGAACACUUAUAAGUAUAAUUUAAAAAUCACUACUUCAGUCAAUAUUUUGUUCGUUUUGAAAAUCCCGGAUCAACAUGAAUUAGUUUACUUUUAAUCAUGGAUUGAAAUAUAACAUUAUUAGGCAUCUGCAAAGGCAGAAGUGAUUUAGCUACAAUAAAAAACCUUCAAGAUGUAAAAUAAACUAUAUUUUAAAUGCCAUAAAUGACAUUUUAAAUUAUACUUACAAUAUGAUUGUUUUUUCGAAGUAACGGGAUUCAUUUCACGCAAUAUAAUUACCAAAUAUGUCCCUCUCAUUUAAAAUCCACGUAAAGUUUAUUUUAUGGAUUGUAACUGUAAGUAUUAAAUAAUAAAAAACGUACUUAAAAUGUUCCUAAACAGGGCCAGUAUUUAAAUAAAAAAUAUAAAAAAUUCAACACGAAAAGAAUUUAUUAAUCUUUAUGGUGUUAAAUCGUUCAAAAUGCUUUGCAUUUUUAAAUAUUUCAAAAAUGUCGUUUAAUUUUAUAGAUCAUAAAAAGAAACGAUAAGGCAAGGUUUUAGGUAUUGAAAACAACUCUUUAUAAUCGUAACUAAUAACUAACAUAUAUCUGUGGCUUGCAUCAGUGGCGAAGGAUGAAGUUUUCUGAAAGGUAACCCGGCACAAUAUACAUAGUAUCACGUCUCUAUCCCGUAGGGGUAGGCAGAGACUAUGGAUUGCCAUUUUGCACGCGCUUCCUCCACCUUCAUCAAUCUUUUCAUGUAUUUCCGCCGGUUCUGGAUACUUCUGACCUUUACUAGCCUGUACUAAGAAUGUCAAUUAUCCAACGCAAUAUAAAGGUACUAAUAUGCAUAAAUGCGGUCUGCAAAACGCUCUGAUGAUAAUUAGCGUCUAAAGAAAUUCUGUAUAAAGGGAAGCCGGUAGGAAUCGGGCUAUAUUGACCCUUCGCCACUGGCUUGCAUACUAUUUUGGCUGACAGAUACAAUCCUGAAUAAACUGGCUGACUAACUGGAUGGCAAUAAGUUGAGAGUUACUCGGUAACUAGGAACUUAAUAAAAUACUGCUUAAAUUUAAAUGCAAUUAACCCUAUAAAGUAUGGUUUUGUUUAUCAAUUUCCAUAAUAGGAAAAAAGCGUUUCCAUGUGGGUUUGAAUAAGAGCAACGUUUUUAAAAAUGCUACAACAAAGUUUUCUAUGUAUGGCAAAAUCUUUAGUGAAGGUGAGCGAACAGCAAACAACUACUAACUGUUAGUGGCUUUGAUAAAUGAAACCAUUGCCCAGUGAAUACAUUUUUGUAAAUAUUAUUUUAAUCGGACAGUUUCUAUGUGGUUUGCCUAUUUUUGAAAACACUGAUCUCUUAGUUUUAAUUUGUGUUUAGUCGCUUUAGACGUACCAAAUCACAUUUCCCAACGGUUCCAAUUUUGUAACAAUCACACAUCAAUAGUAUACAAAAUAAUUUUUAUUUAAAAGUCGGCAAAUCACUGAGAUCGCGUCGACCACUGCGAUGGCACACGACACGCGGCGCUGAAAAUAAACGAUGGAUGGCCGGAUAUGUUACAAUUUCAUUUAAAAUGUCCAUUGUAUCAGCAAUCUUUACUAUUAUUGUCAGUAUUUGUCAGAAGCCGUAAUGACUGCCAAAUUAAUUUAUGGUAAAAUAUCACUAAUGCACAUACCUUUUAGGGACACGGGUCUGGCCUAAAUAAACUAUGUCGCGGCGUCAAACUGGCCAUUCGGGCCACGACCGAGCGUUUUAUUUAACGCCACGUCGAGGACACGUUGCGUGGACGCGCCCUUACAUUUCACACGGUGGAACUGCGGCAAUAAGCUAGAGAAUAUAACCGUCAUGUACAAAUGGUAUACAGAUACAAGUUUUGUGCAGUUUUGAUCGUAAUAAACGACAAUUUAUUUGACUAUAUGAAGAUUGAAACGAAUUAUGAGAUAAUUUUUUUUUUAUUGAAAUUGUGUAUUCAGUGGGCAAGAAUUGGGGCGCACUAUAUGACGCUCAACAUGUCUAGCAACAUAAAUAAGUCGUGGGGCACAUUGCUAUGCUAUGAUGAAUGGCCGCCAUUGUUGCCCAGUCAAUACGUAUAAUAAAUGACGUGCAGUGAAAAAUGUUUCGGGCUUAAAACCAAUUAUAAAUACAGGGAUUUAAGAAUUAAAUGCAAAGGAAUAGAGAAUGUCGUGUAUUACGAACAUGACUCCAACAUGUAGAAUUUUAUAAAGAGUUGUUACAUGAUGUGUGUCGGACUCCAUUAGUCGACAACUUAAUAUUAAACCGAACGGUCGACGACGGUACAUGGAGUGAUGGCAAAGCACAUUUAUUUGCAGCAUAAUAAAUCUUAUGCUAAUAGCAUUAAUGUCCACAUUUCAUUGAUACCGUUGUAGCGCACAUGUCAAAUGAACGUUAAGAUAUCAAAUAAUAAACGCCAUGUUUAACAAAAUAGGGUUUAAACUCGUUUGCAUCAAACACGGUUUUGCUAUCCCAUCACUGUACUGUCGCUGAGCGUUGCCGUUUAUUCCUAACGGAAUAGUAUGUAAUUAUUAGUUAUAACAAAUUGUUUAUAUAGAAAUUAAUGUUUUUUUUUAAAACCAAAUAGUUGAGAUGAUAAGUUUUUGUGUCUAGUACAAUUUAAUGAAAGAGCAAUGCAUGUACAAUACAUGGUAUGACUGAUGUAAAAAUUGUAUAAAAAAUACAUUAAAAAUGUCAUUAGAGAAUUUUGAAUACACCGCGCAUAAGUCAUAUUGUUUUCUUUGUGUUACUUCAUAUUGUCCAAGGAAAUUGGUUCCUUCUGCCUUAGAUUAACACGGUAAGAAAGGGUCUAAUAAUUUCUUCAGUCGAAGUUGGUAGGCUCACUAAUGUCGAUAUUCAAGAUGCCUCUCCACCAAAGUUAGAUUUUUAUGCCGAAACGAAUAAGUGCCAAUUCUACAACUGCGGAUAGGUCUACAUGUUGUUGAAUAAUUUUGCAUUAUCCAAAUUUGAAAUGAAAGUCACAAGUCACUAGAAUUUUCCCAGCCUGCUAUUUAGAUGCGCAUAGGCAGCUCAUGGUGUCAGUAAUUUUUUUCCAUGUAUUUAUGUACAAUAGGCGCUAUACAUUUGUGUCCAAAAUUUAUUACAUACCUAUUAAAUAUAUUAACAAUUCCCAUAUGUAAAUCACCAAUAGAAUAAAAGAAUAGGUGAGACUUAUAUUUUGCAAUCAUGUUAAUUUAUUCAUACCAUAGCUUUGGUGGACAGGCACUCUUAUCAGGGGCUCGUUCAAAGCCUUCGUAAAAAUCAGAAUCGAAUACUAUUACUUUCGAAACUUGCAAAUUACUUAUUGUUUGAUCGGCUGCAUAUAGUGAAAUUAUCGAACAGGUUCAUUAAAAUAAGACGAGUAAAACACACACAUCACGCAUUUAUCCCCGAUGCGUGCAAGCAAGGUACCCACUUUUCGCAAAGUGUGGUCCCUCCCAUGAAGUGAUAGGGGGCGAGCCUUUCGCCACAUUAGGCACAAACAGACUCCUGGUUGAUACUGAGAUAAGACGAGUAAUCAUUUGCAAUAGCCACUUACGCCAACUGAAAUCACUUACAUCCAUUAUCUUUAUACAUACCUUUCAGAUUACGCGUAGAGUAGCGAAUAGUCUGUCGGUUGGAUAUGCCAUUCCUAUAGUUUUUUUAAUUUUUUAAUUUCAUAUUGGCGUCAACGAUUGUGAAAAGACGUGUUGGCUUCGACCCCAUACCUGUUUACGAUAAUUGUAUAGAUUAAAAAAAUUAAAAAUGUCGAACUUAUUAUAUUAUUAUUAUUAACUAGGAGGCCUAGUAUUUGCGACUUAAUAAUACAAAUGAUGUAAAACUGAUUAAAAUAUUAUGUUUUGAAGUUUGGGACACAAACCUCCAUCACUUGAAUUAAUCAAAUUGGAAGACUUAACAAUAAAUAAACAACUGGUGUUAAAUACUACUGUAAUAGAUUAGCAAUACAUUCUCCAAUCAAUUCUAAUUCAAAAACAUAUUAAUGUGUCGAUCAAAAAUUCGUAAUUUGUUUCAUAUACACGUCGAAUUGUGAACAGGCUGACUUACAGUUUUCGAUAAUCGAAAGGAUAAGGUAUGUUUCUCUUAUCACGCGAUAAUACAAUAAUUCCGAAAAAAGCAACAUUUCUAUCGCUUUGCAAUCUCAAGGGCGUUAUGCUGAUUUGAUUUUGAACUUUAUCGGAAUAUUUUUUAUGCUGUUUCCUGGUUAAUUUUAACUUAUGAAUCGCGCAUAUUUGCAAAAUAUGGGCGUGAUUCGAUAAUUACGUAAGUAAUUUAUAGGGCAUUGAAUGAUUUUCUUCUAAAGAAAACAACAUGAUAGACCAUUUACACGUCGCGAAUAUUGAAACUUAAAAGCUAUUAGUGUCUUGUGAUUAGAUGAACCACAUUUAAAUUUCAAUGUAUAGCAGUGGCGAAAGGCGAAAUCUUCCGCAAGAGAACCUAACACAACAUACAGCUAUAUACAUGAACGCGGUCUGCAAGUCGUUCUAAUGAUAAUUAGAUUCUGCAUAAAAGGAAGCCGAUAGAUAUCGGGUUAUAUAGACCCUUUGCCACUGAUUUACACAAAUAAUAUUUUUUCCGAAUGUAUCAACUGAUCUACGUACAAUCGAAUAUCACAAUUUAUUGUCUUCAAUAUCGAUAAAUCUUAGCUUAUGCUAUCACUUCAAUGUUGGUCUCGUGUAUAUGGUCCGUUACUACGUACGCAUGCACUUCUUUAGAUGUCACUAAGUAAUGUAAACAAUAGAAUAACUAAAUCAUGUAAUAAUUUGUGUAAAUAUGUUCUUGUAGCAUAUCAUGGAUGUUCCGUUGAAAUCACAGGGUGAAUUUAGUGAAGUGAGAUUAAAAAUAUUUUUUCUGUUUAAUUUUGCCCUCACAGUAGAGGUCUCGGGUGUUUUGUACUUAGCUAAGUAGAUUUCAUAAUGUUUCUACAAAUUAAUCGUACAUAACAUUUGAGGCCGCAAUACGAUGUACCUAAUAUUGUAUACACAAAUCAUAGCACAAUAAUCAUAAUAUAACCAACGAGAUGUGGACAUAACUCAUUUAUUUUUUUCUAAAUUUAUUCGGAAAGUUUUUGUGAAAAUCGAAUCAAUGAAUGUAUCGAGUUCUGAAUCCAUUCGUUUAGACUUCCAUUGCCGUUUGAAUUUAUAACUAUUUUAUGAUUGAUCGAAUUGCUGGAAUUGUCAUGGUAUUGAAAUCGGCUUUAGAUUUUGUAAAUAUGCAGGGAUGAUUACAAUCAAAAAGAAGCUUGAAGUUAUUUUUAUGAUUUACCAAAAAGGAAAAAAAAAACAUUUAGACAAUAAAGGUGUGAGGGCAAACAAAUUAAUUUCAAUCGAUCGUUUCCUAAUCGUAAGGUAGUUGUAUUUUUCAAACGGUAUAUAAAAUUUGAUAAAUGUUUACUGUUAAAUAUUAAAAAAUGUUCUGUGCGCCAUAUCGGCGACUGUUUGAAACAAUAAACUGUGUAACAAUGUUGUGGUCUCAACUGGUUGUUUAAAGUGCAAAACCAAUUUGUAAUAUAGCGAUAUUAAAUCGAUUUAAAAAAUA